AAGAACCCGGAAGCGGCUCCGGAUUGUUGCUUGCUUGCUGCCCUGCUACUCCACCGCCGCCGCCGCCAUGGGGAAGACGGACUUCCUGAGCCCCAAGGCCAUCGCCAACCGCAUCAAGUCGAAGGGGCUGCAGAAGCUGCGCUGGUACUGCCAGAUGUGCCAGAAGCAGUGCCGGGAUGAGAAUGGCUUUAAAUGUCACUGCAUGUCCGAAUCUCACCAGCGGCAGCUGCUGCUGGCGUCUGAAGAUCCUCAGCAAUUCAUGGAUUAUUUUUCAGAGGAAUUCCGGAAUGAUUUCUUAGAACUUCUCAGAAGACGAUUUGGAACAAAGAGGGUCCACAAUAAUAUAGUAUAUAAUGAAUAUAUUAGUCACCGAGAACACAUCCAUAUGAAUGCUACUCAGUGGGAAACUCUGACGGAUUUUACCAAGUGGCUAGGGAGAGAAGGCUUCUGCAAAGUGGACGAAACUCCCAAAGGCUGGUACAUCCAAUAUAUCGACCGAGACCCCGAGACGAUCCGUAGGCAGCAAGAGCAGGAGAAGAAAAAGAAACAGGAUCUGGAUGAUGAAGAGAAAACGGCCCGGUUCAUUGAAGAACAAGUCCGGAGAGGCUUGGAGGGGAAAGAGCAGGGAGAACCAGUCUACACAGAACUGAACAGAGAAAACGAGGAGGAGAAAGUGGUAUUUAAUUUGUGCAAAGGAGCAAGCACUUCAACAGCGUCUCAUUCCAAAGCCAGCGCACUUGGAUCCAGUGCACUGAAGGAGGCGGGAGCAGCACCCACAGUCAAGCGGAAAGAAACGCCUCAGAAUUCAGAGCAAUCGAAAGAAAAGAAGAAGAAGAAGAAGAAAACAGCCCUCGACGAGAUCAUGGAGUUUGAGGAAGAGAAAAAGAAAUCUUCCCGGACAGACCAUUGGCUGCAACCUGAAAUUGUGGUCAAAAUUAUAACGAAGAAACUUGGUGAGAAAUACCACAAAAAGAAGGCAGUUGUCAAGGAAGUAAUUGACAAAUACACAGCAGUCGUCAAGGUGAUUGACUCCGGAGAUAAACUGAAGCUUGACCAAACACACCUGGAGACGGUGAUCCCAGCACCAGGCAAAAGGGUGCUGGUUCUAAACGGGGGCUAUAGAGGAAACGAAGCUACCUUAGAGAGCAUCCAUGAGAAAAAGUUUUCGGCAACGAUACUCAUUGAAACUGAAGCCCCAGAUGUCAUAGCAUUUCCACAUAAGCAAGUCCCUCUAGCAACUGCCUGACUGAAGGUUUCCUUUUGCCUGACUUCCCUUCCCAGGGGCCUCUGAAAGGACGUCAAGUCGAAGGCAUUCCCUAUGAAGACAUUUCCAAGUUGGCCUGAGAUGAUUGGAAGAGCAGACGGACUGGGAGGGACCUUACCUAAGGAUGCCCUGAUGCAUUCAACUCCACCGUGUCGGAGUUUUAGAAUUUGUGUUUUAAAAAACCAGAAUUUUAUUUUAUUUUUAUGUAGUGAACUGAUGAGGGUUUUUGCCUAAAUCCCUUACAUAUCAAAGCUCUGCAACAGUGUAAUAUUUAAUUUCAAAUUGCCCAGUGCAUUUGAUGGCAAGCAGUCGUUCCGUUAAGCCCUCUCUAUAAUCUGCCGCCAGCUAUGAACAGUUGCAACCUUCCAGUUGACUUGUAGAAUUAUUGGUAGCUAACAUUCCUUGGCGAAACGAACAACAAGGAGUGAUUCAUCUGCCAACAGGGUUAAAGGUUAUUGGUGCAGAUUUUGGCCUGCCUGGGGAAGGGCUGGACUUCCUUAUGCGCCGUUUGUGCAAGUUGAUAUCAAGGUAGAUGACCCAUCUCGUCUGUUCUCAAGCUGUCACACCCAUGAAUAGUUGAGUUAGAAGAGGAAGAAGCUCUCUCUGAUGGUUUGCUCCCUCUUUCUUCGCUUUCCCUGCCAGCCAGCUCAGUUCAUGGCUAAGCGGUCUAGGAAAGAGGCAUUUUCGGGUGCUGGCUCAUUCCUCACUUCAGGUUUUGCCAUGUUCCCCCAUCACCGCCCUAUUGUGAUUAAUGAAAGUACACUUGGAGGAACCCAUGGGAGAGCCUGCCUAGGGUCCAAGUGGUUAAACACACAGAGUCCAUGCUUGUCGACCCCUCAUGAGCUUUUACCUUAUUUCCUUUUCUACAGCCCCUCCUCCUGCUGCAACAUUGGCUCCUAAGUGGUCUCUCAGUUAGCUGUUUGGAGGUCUUGAGGUGUAGAUGGGGGACAUCCUCGAAAGCUCCCCCAGAAGGGGGCACCCCAUAGCCAUUUGGAUCCUCUCGUCUGAACCUCAACCCCAUCCUUGAACGAAAUGGGUGGUGUAACACCAGUGAUACAGACGUGGGUUGUUUUUUUUUAAAUAGGGAAUACGGCGGACUAUCUCCACGCUGUUUUCUGCAUCUAGCCCUCCACCCUCCCUUCAAAAUGCUCUUCCGUCACCUCCAGUAGAUUUGUAAAAAAUGUAUAAUGACUUGUACAGUGAUUUUUUUUUUACUGCUGUUUAAAAAUAAAAGAAGAUAUUUGACCGUG